GCGGCAGCCAGGGCUAGGCCUGGUCCCAGCCCAAUCCAGCUUAACCCCCCUAAAUAAGGGAAUGAGGGCCAACGACGUAAUGGCGCUAUGUGCAAGAGGCUUAGGCUUGCUUGUUCUCUGCUUAGGUUGUCUUUCCCAUGACACGACACACGCAAACUCACGGCUUUGGCGCCCGGUCGUUCGGGCUAGCCUAGGCGACCGCAGCACGUUGAUGAUGAUGGCAAUUACGAGUUUGAUGAUGAUGAUGACGACUUGUCCUCCUUCCAUAUGCUUGGCCUGCCUUGUCGGCGCCGGAGGUGCGUUGGUGUUCCCCCGAGCAAGCGCUGCGCUUUUGAUCUAAUGAUCCUACAGAUACUUUGCAGUCUUGGACGGUCUCGGGGAAAAGGUCUUGC